AUGUAACUUCACAUUUCUAUAACUUUAGAAAGUAAAACUGAUGCCAUUAACAUUUAUGAUUUAAAUAGUAUUAAAUUGCAAGCUGAUGUCAUUCUCAAAAAUAUUGAAAACUAAAUUAAUAAAUGUUCUCAAUGGAAAUCCUCAAAAGAGCAACAUUUUUCAUUAAAUACUACUUAAAAUACUGGAAAUUAACAACAAUAAAGACAUUGGAGCUCUUCUAUUAACUAAAAAAUACCAUAGCAGAGACCAUUCUCAGCAUUAUCCGGAGUUGCCCCAAGAAUUAAGCGAAUUGAAGAGAGGAAAGAAAAAGAGAAAAUAGAAUCUUAAUAGUAAAUAAUUGAGAAGAGUUCUUAACCCUAAAUAUAACCCAAAAGAACGUUAGACUUAAACCAGCUAUGUAAUCCAGAGUUGAUGAUGGGAAAUUUCAAAUUGGAAACAAUAAUUGGGUCAGGAUCAUUUGCAAUGGUUAGAUUGGGUGUUGAUAAAAAUACAAAGGAAAAAUAUGCAAUAAAAAUAUACGAAAAAAUAAAAUUGAAUGAUUCUCAAAAGAUGAAUAAUGUAAAAAGGGAAAUAUCCAUCCUUAAAAGAAUAGAACAUUAACAUAUUAUCAAAUUAUAUUGGGCAAUUGAAGACAAAAAAUCAAUCAAUUUAGUCAUGGAAUACAUUUCCUCAUAAUCUUUGGCUUCGUACAUAAAGUCUAAGCCAAAUAGAAUCUUACCAGAAAAGGAAUGCUUGAAUUUAUUCUACUAAAUUGCAAUGGCAGUAAAAUAUUUACAUGAUCUCAACAUAUGUCAUAGAGAUAUCAAAUUAGAUAAUGUGUUGAUGAUGAAAACAAAUGUUGUAAAAUUGAUAGAUUUUGGUUUUGCCAUUUGCAUGCCUCAAAAUUAAAAGACCAAUGUGUUUUGUGGAACACCCCAUUAUAUGUCUCCCGAAAUCAUAGCAAAAGUUCCUCAUCAUCCUUCUAGUUCAGACAUUUGGUCAUUAGGAAUUCUUUUAUCUAAAAUGCUAACAGGAGAAUAUCCUUUUAAAGGAUAAAAUGACAAAGAUUUAUAUCGUUAGAUAUAGUGUUAAAAGAUAAAAACUAAUUAGGAUAAAAAGAUGAACGAAAAUGUAAUGAGAGUUAUAAACGGAUGUUUAGAGAAGAACAUUUAAAAUAGAUGGAAUAUAGAUUAAAUCAUUAAUGAUCCAUUGUUUCAUAAAGAUAGCUUAAUACCAUCAGCAAAGAGUUUUUGA